AUGCAGCAACUUUCAGCAGUAGUCUCCAACGAGCUCAGUGAGCUGACAAAGAGCUGGACACCCGAGCAGCAGAAGCUCUACGGCGUUGUCUCCCUCACGGCUGUUGUCGCCGCUGGCACCCCGAUGAUUGGCGUCAGUGUGAUGCGACGGUGCUGCUGCGGGCACUGUAGACGUGACGUGGGCGGUAGCGAUGUUGCCUUCUCGGAGAGUCACUCGAAGAGCUCUGACAUCUACGAGAGUGAGGCAUUGGCGCGUCAGUACAUGGAGUUUCACUACACUCCCUCGCACGAGAGCUAUACUCAGCGUCUGCAGUCCGUAAGCGAGGCCUACGACUUUCCAACGCGUGUCGCUCAGAAGUUCCGCACUUACAUCCAGACAGGCAAACGCAAUCUGCGCGGACUCGACAUCGGAUGCGCAACUGGCGCUUCGGUGCUGGAGAUGUCUAAGGUGUUCGAUGGCGGCGUCAUCGGCAUAGACUUCUCGGAGGUGUUCAUUCACCUCGCCAAGGAGGUGGUCAACCAGGCGACAUCAGGCAAGAGAGUGGCCUAUACCGCUCCCGUGCAAGGUGAGAUCACAGAACCGCGCGAACUGCAGCUGCCACGCGAGGCGCGGCCGGAUCGUUGCGAGUUUUACGCCGGCGACGCCAUGAACAUGUUCGAGGAGGACCACAAGAUCACGACUAAGGCGUCGCGUCUCUACCCCAACGUGAAGUACUGGCAGGCAAGGAAGGGGGAGACCUUUGAUGGCGUGCUCUGUCUCAAUCUGAUUGAUCGCGUGCCAGACCCGCAGCGCCUACUCGACAGCUUUGCGCGGCUCCUGGCUGAGGACGGUAUCCUCAUUCUCGCAGACCCGUACUCGUGGUGGGAGGAUGCGACGGAGAAGUCACGCUGGCUGGGCGGCCGCAAGGAGAAUGGCAUACGUAGCGAGGAGGCGGUGAAGGCGGCUCUGGCGAGCAAGCUGGAGCUCCUGAGCGAGUCGGACGAGCCCUUUCUCAUCCGCGAUCACAUUCGCCACUAUCAACUGGGCUUCUCCCACUGCACUGUAUGGCGAAAGAAGUAG